GAAAUUGUUUUGCCAAGACCAGUCAGUGUCAGAUCACUUUUGUUCAGAAUACAGAUAAGAGAGGAAGAAGGAACUGCACUGGAAUUUUGAUGAGACUUUACUGACACAUAUCAGCAAAAUUAACAGGCCGACUACUGAUUUAUUUCAAAGGCUAGUGUACGUAGAGACAUGAAAACCAGAUAUUCUGUGAAUAUGACCCUCAUGGAGAGAAACACUACUUCGUCCCUGUUUCCUGGCAAUCACAGCCACACCAACAGCAGCACUUGUUCCCGUGACAACGUUUUGAAGACGGUGGUUUUUCCUGUUCUCUACUCCUUUCUCUUCGUGGUGGGACUGCUGCUCAACAGCGUGGCUGUUUGGGUGUUUUUUCGCAUCCCCUCAAAGUCUCACUUCAUUAUAUACCUGAAGAAUAUUGUGGUCGCGGAUGUCAUCAUGACGUUCACCUUCCCUUUCAAGGUGUUAUCAGACUCCAACAUGGCUUCCACUGGGUUGCGCUUAUUCGUGUGUCGGGUCUCCUCAGUGCUCUUCUACCUCACCAUGUAUAUCAGCAUCCUCUUCUUCGGCCUCAUCAGCAUCGAUCGCUGCAGAAAAACCCUCAAGCCCUUUAGGGGGACUAAUGCAGCCCGGUUGGCCCAUCGCAAACUCCUUUCCGGAGCCAUCUGGACCUUUCUGCUGGUUCUGUGUCUGCCCAAUGUGAUCCUGACACAUAAACCCCCAACUUCUCCAUAUUUCAAGUGCAGCAACCUGAAGACAGAGGGUGGGCUGUACUGGCAUGAGGUGGUAAAUCAUGUCUGUCAAGUGAUUUUCUGGAGCAACCUUGUGACUGUGAUAGUAUGCUACACUCUAAUCACCAAAGAGCUGUACAGAUCCUACGCCCGCACUAAGGCCCACAGCACUGGAGGGACUGUAUUGGGGGAAUCAACUCAGAAACCCAACCAGGCCAAAAGAAAAAUGAAUGCAAAUGUGUUCCUGGUUCUUGCUGUGUUCUUUGUGUGCUUUGUGCCAUUUCACUUUGCCCGUGUGCCAUACACCAUGAGCCAGACCCAAAGGGUUCUCUUUGAUUGCAAACUCAAACUCUUCUUCUUUCAGCUCAAGGAAAGUACGCUCUUCCUGUCAUCUUUAAACUCUGUUCUGGACCCUCUCAUUUACUUCUUCCUCUGUAAAUCCUUCAGGACCACUCUGUUCAAGACCCUGCAGCUGCCUCCUGGUACCUGUAGCAGGCUAACAGGGAGAGGGUCAGACACGGACACAGGCAGCAACACUCUCUGAAUCUCUUCUGUCUGUGCAUAAAACCACUGGGCAUGAUAAAGAAUUUUGUAAUGUGGUAACUGAAUGUGCACAUUCUGUGAUUCUGUCCUGUUUUUAAGAAUAGGAUGAAAUCCAAAUUCAGCUUUUUGACAAAACAUUUAGAGAAAUACAGUCGUUGACAGACACAGUGUUCUAUUUUCUGUCAUUUGUUGUAAUCAACAUGUUGAUCAUCACAAUGUUAUUACCAUCCCUUU